GAAGUGUGACACCGCAACAACAGCCAGGUGUUCCACCUUCACACGCGAGUGUAGCACGCGGUCUCGGGCGUCCAGCUCCACUCCGUCCGAAGGAGAAAAUACCGUUUAAACGUGUGUUAUAUCCGCAGUGAACCCGGCGCUAUGCCUGGGUUAGAUUACAAGUUCCUCGAGCGGCCGAGACGCCGCUUCCUGUGUCCGCUGUGCAACAAGCCGAUGCGCGAGCCGGUGCAGGUGUCCACCUGCGGACACAGGUUCUGUGACACCUGCCUCCAGGAGUUCCUCAGUGCGGGGGUGUUCAAGUGCCCAGAAGAUCAGCUGCCUCUCGACUACGCUAAAAUUUUUCCAGAUGUAGAGUUGGAGCAGCAAAUCCUGGCUCUGCCCAUCCGCUGCAUUCACAGUGAGGAGGGUUGCCGCUGGUCAGGCCAGAAUAAACAACUCCAGUCACACCUCUCCAUCUGCACCUAUAACGUGGUGCCGUGUCCUAACCGCUGCAUGGUGAAACUGUUGAGGCGUGAUCUUCCGCAGCAUCUGCACCAUGAUUGCGCUAAGAGAAAGCUGAACUGCGACCACUGCGCUGAGGAGUUCACCGGGGAAGCAUACGAGAGGCACCAGGACAUGUGUCCGGAGGAGAGUGUGUACUGUGAGAAUAAGUGCGGGGCUCGUAUGGUGCGGCGAUUGCUGACUCAGCACAGUCUGACCGAAUGCUCCAAACGCAAACUCUCCUGCAAGUACUGUAGCAAAGAGUUCCUGUUUGAUACCAUUCAGCAUCACCAGAGCCAGUGUCCACGAUACCCAGUGCAGUGCCCCAACAACUGCGGCACACACGGCAUCGGCCGAGAGGAUUUAAUGGCCCACGUUAAGGAGAGCUGCGGGUCCGCCAUGGUGCUCUGCCCCUUCAAAGAAGCCGGCUGCAAAUACAGAUGUUCUAAGCCUGCAGUAUCCCAUCACCUGGAGGAAGCUGCCCAGUCUCACCUGUCUUUAAUCUGCGGCGUUGUGAAUCGGCAAAGACUCGAACUCCGGGAGCUCCGGCGUCGCGUUGAGGAGCUUUCCGGAAACCAAGACGGCACUUUGCUUUGGAAAAUACCCAACUACAGCCGUCAUCUCCAGGACACCCGAAACAGCUCCAACGGCACUUCGGAGCUCUUCAGCCCUGCCUUCUACUCUCAUCGCUACGGAUACCGUCUCCAAGUCUCGGUUUUUCCUAACGGCAACGGCAGUGGUGAAGGAACGCACCUGUCUGUCUACAUCAGAGUGCUCUUGGGUGAGUACGAUGGCCUGCUGGAGUGGCCGUUCCCUCAUCGCGUCACCUUCUCACUGCUGGACCAGAGCGACCCGGCGCUCUCCAAACCUCAGCACAUCACCGAGAGCUUUAGUCCAGAUCCCAACUGGAAGAACUUCCAAAGACCUCGGCCUGGUGCAAUAGGCAGCGUACGCGCGGGCUGCCUGGACGAGAGCAUGCUGGGAUUCGGGUACCCCAAGUUCAUCUCGCAUGAGCAGAUGAAGGAAAGGAACUACAUCAGGGACAACGCGAUCUUCAUCAAAGCUACCAUAGACGUAGUGAAAAGAAUAAUCAACUGAACUGAUCUGUUGAAGUCGAAGGAAACAAGUAAAAAUGUCCUUUAUUGUUAAGGCAUUACGGUAUACGGUCAUUAUAUGUCCAUGUCUUGGUAUUUUACUGAAAUUUAAAGGAAGGUUAAUAAGGAGUAAAUACCUGAACAAGGUAAAUGAUGGAGAAAGAGGAGAACGGUUCCAUACGGCUUAGUACGGAGCUCCUUAUCCAAUUUACAUACGGAUGUUAAGUGAAAAUAGGUCAGUGCUGGCAAAAAAUCUUUAAUCAUAUUGCUGGAUUUAAAAUUAUCUAUUCACAAUAUACAUGUAAAAUUCAUGUAACAGGAAAAGUCGUGUUCAACAAAAAAUAUUUGAUUUUGAAUAUAAGAUUAAAAACAUCAUCUUGAAAAAAAAAAGCUAUAAUCUAUAUAGAAAUACUUUUUAUGUGUCUACCACUGACACAACUUAUCAGAAAAUGUUCUGUAGCUACAUAUUUGUUUUUGUUUAUUUUUUUUGUGAAAGAAAUGUUAAUUAACCAAACAAGCUAUCUGUUCCAUCAAUAAUUAACAGCAUAUUUAGGAACAUCAACAUUAGCACCAUUUGUCUUAGCUAGCUCAUGCUAAUCCAUGCAUGUACCUAGCUGAAUUUUCUCUACGUGUUAUCCUACAGCCUGUAGGGUAGGAGCACUUACACAUAUUUAACACAACGGAUGAUCGCUACUGAACUCCAAGGUGACGUUUCAAGAUUAAUCCAGAGCUUGAAUUCUGUAAAGCGUUAGAAGAUCUGUAGCGUCAGGCAGAUUAACAAACCUAGCGCAUGGCUGACCGGGACACGUUUCCGUAGGUUGGAUGUUAAGCUGUGAGAUUGUCAUAUCUCCAGUGGUUGAAAUUUUUAUUUA